AUGACGACCACAACAUCGACUCCACCGAGCUCCGUAGCAUCUUCAAUAUCGUCAUUUGACCCACAAUUACUUAAACUUUUGGCUCGACAUCAUCAUCAUUUUAAUCAACAACCAAGUGCAAAAGAAUUUCUUCAACAUGCAUUUUAUUUUAAUCAUGCACCACCAAAUACUGUAGCAACAAUAACACCGCGACAUCAUCUAAGUAAUGGAUUAUCAAAAUUAAAUACAGAAAAUUCGACAUCCAAUAAAUUACUAUCUCCAUCAACAAUAAAUAAUGGAAAACUUGAUCAACAACAAACAAUAUCACCAACUAAUACUCAAAUAAAAAAACCGGCAACUCAACAACAAGUUAAAGAUGUUCUAGCUUUUGAUCAAUGGCUUCAACCACCACUUGGUUCUAUUAUACAAGGUCCACCCUGCGUUCAAGCUGACACAGCAUCAUCAUCGAGUUCAUCGGCAGCUGCAGGUUCUAAAGGUGAAACAACAUUAUCAUCAGGUGAACGUAUAACAUGUUUUAUUGUUGGUGGUGAAAAACGUUUAUGCUUACCGGAAAUUUUAAAUACUGUUUUAAAAGAUUUUUCAUUACAAGAAAUAAAUGCAGCAUGUGAACGUUUACAUAUUUAUUGUUCACGAUGUACAAAUGAACAACUUGAUAUUCUUAAAAAAACUCAAGUUUUACCAAUGAAUGCACCAUCAUGUGGCCUAAUAACUCAAACAGACGCUGAACGUCUUUGCGCGAGUUUAUUACAAUUACGUUAUAAAGGACAAUUACGCACUGUAAAUUCUAUAACAACAAAUCAAUAUGAACGUUUAUAUUCCAUUAAAGUUCAACAUAAAUGUUUUGGCAAAUGUUCUGGAACAUUAUAUCCAACAUUGUAUGUUGCACCACAAGCUGAAUGUAUACAAUGUGAUACAUGUCAAGCAUUAUUUUCUCCAAAAACCUUUGUUUCACAUGGACAUAAAUCAGAAGAAAAUCGUAUUUGUCACUGGGGUUUCAACUCAGAUAAUUGGCGUGCUUAUUUGAAAAUACGUUCAACAGAAAAUAAUAAAGCACAUGAAGAACUAGAGUUAUUUAAGGAAAAAUUUUUAAAUACCAACAAUAAUAAUCAAAACCUAAAGAAGCGCUUGCCACAACAAUCGGAUUGUUUAUUGUCAGCAGAAAAACGUACAAAAUUAGUGCCAUCAUCAUCAUCAUCUGAUGCUUGGUCAUAUCCAUAUAAUCAAUCGAAUUUUACAUCCAUAAAAAAAGAUAAUCAUUAUGGUGAUUAUUCUUUUGGUGGAUGUUUACCACGACCAACAUUAAUACCUCCACCAUUACCGUUAGCAGCUUCAGCUGAUGCAAUAGCAACAACAACAACAACAUCAUCGAACAGUUGUAAUCGACCAUCACCAUUGCGUGUUGUUCGCUCAAAUUCUCCCGCACUAAAUGAGCCAAUCAAUCCGUCCAUCACAAAUUUCAAUGAUUUUUCACCAGAUGGUAUUCGGCAAAUAGUUGAAUCAACAGUAUCAUCAUCACGUGCUCGUCAACAAUUAAUAACAUAUAUAUCUCAAUUACAAUUACAUGCCUAUGCACAAUCAUCUAAAACAAAUUCUACACUUGCUGUCGCACAUCAACAAAAUGAGACAAUCUUAUUACGCCAUGAAAAUGAAUUACUUCGUGAACGCUUAUUUAAAUUAGAAGCUGCUCAAGUAUCAUCGAAUUCAAGUACAAUUAGUAAUGGAAGUAAAUUUUCAUUACACGAUAACAAUCAACAACAAGAUAGUAUUGUUGGAGAUUCAGAUGAUCUUGAUUCAAAUGUAUCGUUACAUAGUGCAUCAUCCAUAGUUGUUCAUGAUACAACAAUUGAACAACCAAAAUACUUUGAUCGUAAACGUCGUUUAUUAGCAGCUGAGCAACAAAUAUCAACAUCCGAACUCGAUGCAUUAGUAACGAAAAAAUCCAGUCCACAUAAAAAAGCUUGUUUAGAUGAUAUUGUUGAUUCAUUAAAUCAGAAGGCUCAAGCUGAAAGAGACGAAGUAGAUGAAACAGAAGAAGGCGAAAUUGAAGAACAUCAAAUAAAACACGAACAAAAUGAUGACGAUGAAGACAUUGUUGCCGGAACUAAUCAUAAUUUAACACCUCCGUCAACAACAACAACAGAAAGAGAAGAUGAAGAUGAAGAAGAUAUUGAUAUCGAUGACGCUAAACUGACUGUUGAUGAUGAUCAUUAA